UGGAACUGGACACACAGACAGUUCGAGGCAAUUAGACCGGAAAAAAGCCAUCAAGUAGUUUCGGGAAAAAUCCAUAGUUGAAAGUAUUAAUUAGUGGCACUUUUUGGAAACUCAGCAACAUGACUCACCUGUCAGCGAGGACGACAUUGCUGAUGCUGCAGUUGGUCCAGGUGAUGGUGCCCAGCAUCCUGACAACCAGUUCGUCGUCCGUCACUCGGGCCAUUGACAAUUUCGAGGGGCUCAGCAGCCUGUCCAAACAUUUUGACAGCCCCAUUCCCAGUCCCCCGAUUCACGACUGGGACGACGAUUCCACCACACCCAACAAUGCCACCAGGAUUCUGCGGCGGGGCAAGCGUUAUCUCCAAUUCAGCAAGGGAUCACGUAUGUCGUGGCGAACCAACGGCAAGAACAAUCUAUGGACCAUCAACACGCUAUGGGCCUACGGCUACGGGUUCCGCACCAACUAUCCCUUCCCCUCCAUCGAGGAGCAGAAAAAGGAUAAUGCGGUAUUCUUUCGCCUCUUCAAGAGGGACCUCUUCUCAAAGCUAGAAACCGCUCUGGAUGGACAUGGCUUCGAUGGCCGGGCUUGCAUGCUGAAAUCAUUCUGCACCGCCCUGAACGAUGUGGAUAACCCCAAGCAAAAGAGCGGAAUGCUCUUCAAAAUGCUCAAAUUGAUAUUCAGUCGGGCCAAGCGAUAUCUGGAUAUUAUAGAGACCACUCGUAUAUUUGUGGGUAUUCUUAAAUCCCCCAUAGUUGCUUAUAGCAUAGUUUAUAUUCCCCUUUUUAAGUUCCGCGUUAAUGCCAAGAACAAUGUGAUCAAAUCGCCGAUUGUGUGGGCCCAUGGCUAUGGCUUUCGAGCCAAUACCCCCGUGUUGGUAAAGAGGGAGAACCGACCCUUUCGCAGGGACACCUACGAGUUGCUCCACGAGCUGAUAGAUCGAAGUGGCCUAGAUGGGCGAGCGUGUGUCUUAAAGGCCUAUUGCACCGCCCUGGCCGGCGAUCAUGGUCAGGGAUUUCUGUUUAAGCUAUUGAAAUACGUGUUUACCCUGGAUGAGCACGACAAGCGACAUAUGCCGCAUCUGCGGGAGGAGAACUGCGAACAAAUCAUGCACAGCCAUUGUCCCUUGAGUUUCGACAGCAUAUCACCAUAUACGGACGACGUUUGA